ACACAUUUCUUAGUGCAUGAAUCACCAACUGUUCAACUAAAGAAAAAAAUAAAGAAAAACAGAGAAGAUGGAAGAGUAUUCUACUUCUUCCUCUUCAAACAAUGACUCAAACAGUAUGAAAAAAUUAUGUGAUUCAUUCAAAUUAAAAGUUUGUUCUUUUUCGUCGUCGUCGUGGAAAUCGAAUAGAUUUUCCGCAACAACAGCUUCUUUGCUUCUCUUCUUCCUUUUCAUAUGUACCCUUGUUUUCACUAGAUGGUCUGAUAUUUCAACUUUAGCAAGCAGCUCAGGGUCAUUCACCUUCUUAAUGUUCUCAAACCACAACAAACAAGAGUACCCAAAGAGAGAUGAGUAUCUCCUCAACUGCACCUCAAGCAACAUGACUAUAACAUGCCCAUCAAACUACCCUCCUACAUCGAAUCACCCCUUUACGUCGAACGAAACGUGCCCCGAGUACUUCCGAUGGAUACACGAAGACUUGAAGACAUGGAACAAGAAAGGGAUUACAAGAGAAAUGGUUGAGAGUCUAAAAGAUGUUACUCAUUUUAGACUCGUUAUUGUGAAUGGAACGGCCUAUGUAAAGAGAUACGCAAAGGCGUUCCAAACAAGGGAUACGUACACAUUUUGGGGUAUAUUACAACUCCUUAAGUUGUACCCUGGUAGAUUACCUGACCUAGAUUUAGUGUUUCAAUGCCAUGAUCAAGCAUCCAUCAAGAAAGACAAAUAUAAAGGAAGAAAAGCCGCCUUUGCUCCUCCACAAUUUCAUUAUUGUGGUGAUGAUUCUACUUUUGAUAUCGUCUUUCCCGAUUGGUCUUUUUGGGGAUGGCCGGAUAUUAAUAUAAAGCCAUGGGUGCCCUUGGAGAAAGAUUUUAAAGAAGGUAACGCGAUGAAGAACUGGACUUCUAGGGAGCCCUAUGCUUUUUGGAAAGGUAACUUGCAUACUGGUCCAAGACAGAAGCUUGGUAAAUGCAAUUCUGUAAAUGAUUGGAACGCUAAAAUUGUUAACCAGAAUUGGGGCAAGGAAGUUGCAGAGGGAUUUAAGAACUCUGAUUUGUCAAAGCAAUGUACUCAUAGAUACAAGAUAUAUAUGGAAGGAAAUGCAUGGUCAGUUAGCGAGAAAUACAUCUUAGCUUGUGAUUCCAUGACCCUUCUCGUAAACCCUGUAUACUAUGAAUUUUUUACAAGAAGCUUAAUUCCAAUGAAGCAUUAUUGGCCCGUAAACCCUAAUAAUCUAUGUCGUUCCAUCAAGUUUGCUGUAAAUUGGAGCAACAACAACACUGACAAGGCUCAAGAGAUUGGAAAAGAAGGAAGCAAAUUCAUAUUCGAUCAAAUAAAGAUGCAAAGCGUGUACGAUUAUAUGUUUCAUUUGUUGGAUGGAUAUGCAAAGCUACUAAGGUAUAGGCCCACCGUACCCGAAGGGGCCAUUGACUUAUGCUCUGAAAAAUUUGCAUGCAGCCCAAUGGGCUUGGAGACAACGUAUAAAAAAGAGACCAUGGUUAAUGGGCCUUCAGAAAAAGGCCCAUGUAAACUUCCCCCACCAUAUGAUCCACAAACCCUUAAAUCUAUUCAUAAGCAAAAUGCCAAGAUCAAGGAAGUUGUUGAGAUGUGGGAAAAAGGAAGUGGUAAACCUGGGCACGGGCCGGGUUGGCCCGCGUGCCGCCCGGCACGGCCCGAAUUCAAGCACGCACGGCACGAAGUUCAACUCCCGUGCCACGGGCCAUGCCACGGACAGGGUUGAGAAUUCCCAGGCACGACCCGACACGAGCACGAGCAUGGCCCGUCGUGCCGGCCCGCAGGCACGGCCCGCGGGCCAACGGUAAUGUUACCGUUUAUUCUAGCUCCUUAAUAAGCCAAAAAAACGGCUAAAAAACGGCUAGUUUUUUG